AUGUCAGACGAUGCACUGCAGUUCAAUCCCACAGAACUAAGCUCCGCUCGCCGCCUAGUUGACAAAGCGGCCAAACACACUCACAAAGAGGAGCUACGGGUUGAGGCUAUGGUCGACCUAUCAACUGUUCACGAAGAUAUCCUCGUUGAGGUGACACUCCAGCUGUCUACCAACCCUCCUAAGAAGAUCAUACCCGAUGGGAGAAUCCGGGCUACGUCAAAUUACCAGCACCUCUCGCCUAUCCUCUCCCUGACUGAAGUCAACUCGGAGGUUGGAGCCGGGACCUGCGACCCUAUCGAUAAGGCCAAGCAGGAUUACCGGGCUAUCUAUUGUUCGGAGAAGUUCAAGCCGUUCCGCGACGUGAGCUGCUGCCCGUGUCUGAACGCUGCGCGCUCAGCGGACCGGCUCCCGACGUGCUAUGUCGGGCCGCACCUCACACACGUCUCCGCCGACGGCACGGCGAUCUCGCUCGACUACACAGGACGCCUGUGCACCGGCGAGCCAGCGAAGACACUCUACACCGCCCGCGCACGCAUCACCUCCGACCCGGCGCAGGACCCGCGCGAAACCGACGUCGUCGUCAAGUUCACGAAGGCGUACUCGCUGGAGGGACACCGGCUGCUCGCGGUGCACGGGCUCGCGCCGAAGCUCUGGUUCUGCGAGUGGGUGGAGAGUGUGGAUAUGUACGUGGUCGUGAUGGACCACGUCCGGGACGCAGAGACUGCGGACGAGGACGUGGCGAUGUCGGUGGCGGACGCGGCGGCGGUGCGGACAGCGGUCGAGCUGCUGCACGCGGCGGGGCUGGUGUUCGGCGACCUGCGUGGGCCGAACGUGUUGCUGCGCAAGGACGGCGGGCCGCUGCUCAUCGACUUUGACUGGUGUGGGCCAGAGGGCACGGCGUGCUAUCCGCUGGGCGUGAACAUGCACAGCGCGAUCCCCUGGCAUCCGGAUGUCAACACGGGCGCGCUGAUCAAGAAAGAACAUGACCUGCAUCUUCUGAAAGCGUUGACAGGCUCCUAG